GAACGCGACAUUAUUUCCUGUUCAGAGGAUAUCUCGUCAGUGGGAGCCAAAUACAGUUUAAUGUGUUUGAUGUUCAGGCAUUUGCUUGACGUUCUGUUUGAAACUUGUUUCCUGAGCUAUGGUCGCAUAGAAAGCCCUCCGGAAAUGUUUGGGGAAUAUUUCGAUGCGGCUCGACGACUCGGAAAUUCAGCGGGCUCCGCGAGCGAGUGAGAGACAUGGACAACUCCGUCACCCUGUGGCAGUUCCUGCUUCAGCUUCUGUUAGAUUCCAACAAUGAGCAGCUCAUCUGCUGGACCAAUGACGAAGGGGAGUUCAAACUGCUGCAGGCUGAGGAGGUGGCCCGGCUGUGGGGAGCCCGCAAGAACAAGCCCAAUAUGAACUAUGACAAACUGAGCAGGGCACUCAGAUACUACUAUGACAAGAACAUCAUAAAGAAGGUGAAUGGUCAGAAGUUUGUCUAUCGCUUCGUGUCCUAUCCUGACAUCCUCAAAGGAGACGUCACUCGAGCAGAGGGCGUGGAUGCGGGCGCAGGGGGUACCACUCCACUAUCGAAGAGGGGAGACGACAUUGUGCAGGAGGCCGAGUCUGGCGACAGAGCCAGGGUGGGAAUUAGCGCAGCAUCACUUGCCUCCAGCACCAAGCAGUCGAACCGUAAUGACUACAUUCACUCUGGCAUGUACACGUCCUUCACGCUCAACUCGCUGCAAAAUGGACGGCAGCUCUUCAAGUCCAUCAAAAUAGAGAAUCCAGCAGAGAAGAUGGCUGAGAAGAGGGCUGUCACUGCCGCUUCACAGGGCCAGGAGACGCUGCCUCAAACACAGCAACCCACUGCUUUGCCCUCGGUCAUCAAGUUUGGGAACACCCCUCAAAAACCAGCACCAGCACUGCCUCCUCAGGUUGCUAUAGAGCCCGGCCUCAUGCCCAGCCCCUUGGAUUCUCUUCAAACUCCUCCCCACAGGGCUGAAGACAUCAGCACACACUCCUCCCUGCCACCACAGACCAUUUACUCAUUCGAUAACAUCCGCCCAUCAGAACCAACGUUCAGCCUCCCAGAUCUGACCUCAACCAGCCCCUCGCCCAAUCUAGUGCCAGACUCUUCCCAGGAGCUGGUGAUUGACAGCGACAUUGAGUCUGGAUCUUCUCAGCCCACAGACGCUCAGGCACCGGAGCCCACAAAUUCUCAGGCACAGAAGAAGCAGAUGGAGAGCAGCGUUGUCCUGUCUGGAGAUGAGACCAGCAUGUUGGACACUGAAACCAGUUCUUCCUCAGUGAGCAGCAGCACCACAGUCAGCACCCAGAGCUCAGGAAAGGCACGCAAGCCCCCCAAAAUCCUGCAGAUCAGCCCGCCAGCUCUGCUCGUCACUGCCUCUGACUUCUCCCCCAUGAAUCUCUGCAGCCCCUCACUGCCUACUGCCUCGCUCACACCAGCAAUGCUUCAGACUCCAACGCUUCUGCUGACUCCAAGCCCGCUUCUCUCCAACAUCCACUUCUGGAGCACGCUCAGUCCGGUCGCUCCACUCAGCCCAGCCACGCGACGCCAGGGAGGCCACCUGUUCCAAUUUCCGUCGGUCGUCACCCCCCAGUUCCAGAUCCCAGUGCACAGCAUGGACGGGACCAACACACCUGGCCCCAUUUCACCGGACCCUCAGAAAACAUAGGAGUAGCCCGUCUCCUCCUAUCCUCAGUAACAACACAUUUGGACCCAGAAAGCCAGACACCCACCCUUCUCCCGCUCCUACUCCACCUUCUCCACCCACAUCCAGGACGAUGAUGUGAGAGCUGAGUGUUUAUUUCACAUCACUCUGGUGCUUUGAAGUUCUCUGCCACAGGAUUCACACUACACUCAGGUGUGUGGAGAAGUGUCGGCAGGCCUGCUGUGUGACUGCUUUGCUGUGCUCGUUUAUUUUCAUCUUCACUAUUAUCUUAAUAAUACCAACACACUUAAACGGAGUCUGGCUUUUUUGGGGCUCCUUGUGUCACAAAAGUUGAAAGAAAGUUGUUUUUUGAAAAACCUUUUUUAUGGAAGCAGAUAUGCACAUGGACUGAACCCUCAGCAGCCGCAGUCUGCUUCAUACCUGGACACACGGAGCAGCUGAAUCUUUCCUUUUGUAGACUCAGACCUUCUUUUCUCGUGCUAAAGUGUUCUUGCCAAACACGACAGAUUUCACCGGGCCUGCUCACAGUGAUUCUGUUUGUUUUUGUGCUCAGUCCUUAACUUUUCCUCUAGUUUAAAGGAUUUACUUCAACCUGCAUGUUUACCUGCAGCCCCUCUAUCUUUUAGCCAGGUCUCAACACAAAUUUAAAUGUUAAGCCUUGCCUCAGCUGCUCUGUCUUAUCGUGACACGUGGCCAUAAUCCAAGCUGAACCAUGAACCUUGCCUCGGUGUAUCAGCUCUAGUGUAUAGUGCAUCUCCAGUAGAAUAGGUCUGAAAGCCAGCAUGAGCUGGUCUGCCUCCGGUUGGUAAAGCUUUCACGUGGGAAUGAAAGAAAGCGAAGCCAUAACUCUUUCUCCAAGCAACGACAAAUCCUUCAUUUGUAAUUCAGGCAUCAUGUUAACGGCUCUUACCAUAAGUGUCUCAAACAAACUAUGUAAGAGAAAAGCCGAGAGAAAAUAAGGACUUCAUUGCAUAGCAGCCACUCUACUGCCACUCCAGCAGAAACCGCUAAAGCUCAGUGAUUAACAUGCAUAACGUUAGUUCAGUAUGGAUGAAAGCUCACCUGUGCCAACACCACUUUAUCAUUAUCUGAUGUAGUUAUGCAAAAGACAGGUGAUGUGGAGAAGUCUCCAGUACUUUACAGCAUUAAAAUGUAUGUUUACAGCCUCUUGUUUCCUAACACUGAGGCUUCAAAAUGUUUAAACCAAAACCAAUUGGCAAUGUCGUGGAGACUGUUUCCAUCUUUUCUGUACAAUUUGUUUAACAUGCCAAAAUCUAGUAAAAAUGACAGACAUGAUAUAUACUGGGUUAUUCUGUCAGCUGAGGUGGUGUUUUUAAAGACGUAAUAUCUUUGAGCAGAUGUAUUAUUUAAUUUUGGUGGGAGCUGAAACCAGACGGAUUCUUCUCCCAGGAAACAUUCCCAGCAGCUUUUACAGUCUCACUGAUAUCUGACUUGUUGCUUGGCGUGUCAGUGCUGUUGUUGGUUAGACUCUUGCCAUCCCAGCAUUGGCUGUUAGUCAUCUGAACAUGCAGUGAUGAGCCAAAGCAUUUAUGGUCACCCCUCAUCAUAUGCUAAUGAACCUUCAUGUGCCACAGCGCACACCUGCUGUGUUGGGGAUUAUAUCAGACCGUUGAAUGUGGUUUGUUGGUUACUACCCCACACGCCAGCCUUGGUGUUCCAUUUGUGUUGUCGCUGGCCAUUGUAAGAGCUAUCUGCUUGUUUCUCCAAGAUUUAGUAGUUUGCAGUUUGCUCACAGUACCUUUAAACACACCCCAGAUUAUUCUCUCUUCAUGAGAGCAGCCAUCAUGUUGUGGCUCAUCUGCAGAAAAGCUCCUUCCCCCUUAGAACCCUCUAUUCGCUGAUCAGCCAUGAGAGGUUUGCACCUUCUUUGCCACUGAUUUUAAAGCCAUACGUCUGAGUGACAGACUGAAACCCCAAAGGUGGUAAAUCCCACCUUUCUACGCUAAACAUGCAAAUUGUACAUGACAUGUUUACACAAUACUUGGAUAAAACACACUGAAGUUUGUGUUUUUACCAGACUUUGCACCCCAGGGAUGGAUGUUGGGGAGUGGGGGAACUUACUGCUCAUUUCUGCUCAACUAACAGACCCCACUGUCCAUCAGAGUGAUAUAUGGUGCCUUACCACAGCCGCGCCCACGUUUCUCCCGAUACUGGAUGGAGGUAAAGUGAUGGAACAGUAUACCACAGCUCUCCUCUUCGCUUUUAUGCCAUAUCUUAGACCAAACCCCAGAAGUUUGGAGUAAAACUUCACCAGGGAUGUUUUGUGCACAAGCACACUGCAGCUCAAAUGUGCCGCAGUGACCUUCUGGAUGCUUUACUGUACAUACGGACAGCAACAUGCACAGCAUGUAAAAUGUAAUCAGGCCGUGUAUUAAAGUUGGCAGCCAUGUCUGUUUCCAGCCUGCUUCUCAAUGUUCUACUCAGAAAGUAUAUGAAUAUAUAUAGAAGACCUGUUUAAGCUUUUGUUUGUGUGUAAUCUCCUUUAUUUUCCUGUAACACAAAUAGAAUUUUAAGAUUAAUUUCUAUUUUUGUAAUGGCCAAGUAGUUAGAUGUCUCCUAUGUUGGGUUUUCUGAUUUAAUGUUCUCUCUGUGCAUGUGUUUCCUCUUGUGGAUUUAGGAGGAGGUGGCAAUGACAGCCCGUGGCAAUGUUGGCCAUUUUUUUUGUUUUGUUUUGUAGGGAAUCAAAGCCUUAUGGGAUAAAUCUAAAUCUGCGUUUUCUAUGUUAUGUGUUUUGAUAAUAGUGCUGAUAUUGUAAAUGCAGAUGUUGUGAUGAAACGUUUGCACUUAAAUCUUCGGGGUUCCUGUAGUAUUGGAUUCUGUCACUUUUCUAUGCCUCAGAGUUGCUCUUUGAAAUGUUGUUUGCUUACUGAGAAAUGUCUAUUUUCCCAAAGGGAGGAAACAAUUAUGCACUUGGUAUUUUAUAUGGCAAACAAGAGUUUAAUCUUUUACAGUGUAUCAAAUACAUUUACAAUAAUUUGUAAUCAGGCACUGCCACUUAAUAUUUAUUUGUAUGACUUUAUACCCAAUAGAAUUGGUAAGCUAUAUUGCAUAUUUUUGCAGUAACUUUAAUGAAAAAAAAUCUAUGAAAUAGCUGGAACGUGACCUCAACCUCAACUCCAUUUAAAAUUCCUCUUGGCCUUUUAUUCACCGACAUAGUUGUUUUUGUAUUUUGUUUUUUCUGAUUUGAUUUGAUUUUCUUCCCCCCUUGACUUUUCCUUCAAAUGUAAAAUCUUGUUUUGGACAAAUUGAGCCCCUUCUUGCUUUGUAUUGUCCAGUUCUCCAACUGUUUGAUGCUUUUUUCAAAUGUUUACAAGCUGCUUGUCUUAAGUGGCGUAUUGAUGUGCGAGGAAGUGUUUAUAUCAAAAGAGUUAGGUGAGACCAAUAAUAAAAGAUCUCUAACUGA